CGAGGAGAAGCGGAGUGUUGUGGCCCAUGUGACCGAUGGCCGCCCGGCUGCCUGUGUUCGUGUGUCUCUGACUGAACUCGAGCAUUCGGCUGAAACAUGAAGCGCCUCCUCAGCCUCGGCGCCGCCGUGCGCCGCCUCAGCGCGCGUUCCUGUCACCGGAGCGUGUGGGCCAGUCACGGGGCAGAGAGGAGGGCUGCGGUGGAUUUAGGAGGGAGAAAACUGGAAAUAUCGACAGGGAAGCUCGCCAGAUUUGCAGAUGGAUGUUCUGUUGUACAGCUUGGAGAGACCUCAGUGAUGGUCACAGCUGUCAGCAAGACAAAACCAUCGCCGUCCCAUUUCAUGCCCCUCGUGGUCGAUUACAGGCAGAAAGCAGCAGCUGCUGGAAGAAUCCCCACCAACUACUUGAGGAGAGAGAUUGGCACAACUGACUUAGAGAUUUUAACCAGCAGACUCAUCGAUCGUUCCCUUAGACCCCUCUUUCCUGCUGGUUAUUUCUAUGACACACAGGUUCUAUGCAACAUAUUAGCUGUUGAUGGUGUGAAUGAUCCAGAUGUGCUUUCAAUCAAUGCAGCAUCUGCUGCACUCGCCCUCUCUGACAUUCCCUGGAAUGGACCAGUUGGUGCUGUACGCGUUGGGCUUGUAGAUGGAGAGUUUAUCGUGAAUCCCACCCGGAAAGAAAUGAGCUCUAGCACGCUGAAUCUGGUGGUAACAGGAGCUCCUUCCAGCCAAGUGGUGAUGAUGGAGGCUGCUGCAGAGAACGUGUUGCAGCAGGACUUCUGCCAUGCAGUUAAAGUGGGAGUGAAACACACACAGCAGAUCAUUCACGCCAUACAGCAGCUGGCCAGAGAGCAGAAAGUGGUCAAGCGCACGCCCUCCAAACUUUUCAGCGCCCCUGUGGAGAUGGUGGAAUAUGCUCGACAACUGGCCACUGAAAAGAUCUAUGCCGUCUUUACAGACUUUUCACACGACAAGGUUUCCAGAGAUGAAGCUGUAAACAAAAUACGACUUGACACAGAGGAGAAAAUGAAAGAAAAGUUUCCUCAAGCAGAACAAUUUGAAGUGAUUGAGGCCUUCGAUGUGGUGUUGAAAGAGGUUUUCCGUAAUUUAGUUCUUAAUGAAUACAGAAGGUGUGAUGGACGAGACCUGACGUCUUUAAGAGAUAUUUCAUGUGAAGUGGACUUGUUUAAGCCGCUGCAUGGAUCCGCUCUUUUUCAGAGGGGACAAACACAGGUGCUUUGUACUGUGACGUUUGAUUCCAUAGAGUCCAGUGUAAAACCAGACCUCAUAACCACAGCUCUAAGCGGGAUCAAAGACAAGAAUUUUAUGCUUCACUAUGAGUUUCCCCCCUAUGCAACCAAUGAGACUGGGAAGAUGGGUGGGUUGAACAGAAGAGAGCUUGGCCAUGGGGCCCUGGCUGAAAAAGCUUUGCGACCGGUCAUUCCUAAAGACUUUCCCUUCACAAUACGAGUGACCUCAGAGGUGCUGGAGUCCAAUGGGUCAUCAUCCAUGGCGUCAGCAUGUGGGGGCAGCCUGGCUCUAAUGGAUGCAGGUGUCCCGAUAUCUUCAGCAGUGGCUGGUGUUGCUAUUGGUCUGAUAUCCAAGCCUAAUCCUGAGAAAGCAUCUGAAAUCCAGGACUAUCGAUUGUUAACUGACAUUUUGGGAAUUGAGGAUUACAACGGAGACAUGGACUUUAAAAUGGCAGGAACAAGCAAGGGCAUCACAGCUUUACAGGCUGAUAUCAAGAUACCAGGCCUUCCUCUAAAGAUUGUAAUGGAAGCUAUACAGCAGGCAACAGUGGCCAAGAAGGAAAUUUUGGGCAUUAUGAAUAAAACCAUUUCUAAGCCAAGAGCCUCCCGGAAGGAGAACGGCCCACUUGUUGAAAACGUCCGCGUGCCCAUGUCUAGAAGAGCUCGCUUUGUGGGUCCAGGGGGGUAUAAUCUCCGCCGAUUACAAGCCCAAACAGGUGUAACAAUAAGUCAAGUGGACGAGGAGACCUUCUCGAUUUUCGCUCCAACUCCCAGCGCCAUGAAUGAAGCCCAGGAGUUCGUCACUGAAAUCUGCAAAGAUGAUCAAGAACAGCAGCUCGAAUUCGGUGCUGUGUACACAGCGACCAUUACAGAAAUAAGGGACGUUGGUGUCAUGGUCAAGCUGUAUCCCAACAUGACUCCUGUGCUGCUUCACAACUCGCAGCUGGAUCAUAAACGAAUCAAGCACCCCACUGCUCUCGGACUCGAGGUUGGGCAGCAGAUCCAGGUGAAAUAUUUUGGACGCGACCCAACAGAUGGCAGGAUGAGGCUGUCUCGAAAAGUGCUUCAGUCUCCUGCAGCUACAGUGGUGAAGACUCUCAGUGAGAGGCAGAGUAUUACUAUGGGAACGCCAAACGGUCAGCCGGACGGUUCCUCCUGACCCACGGAGUGCUGAGAGGUGUUAAGUGCAAGUUGAACUGUGUAUCUUUGUUUGCACUCAACAGUCUGCUUCACCCAAGUGGAUCCAUAUUUAUCAGGAGAAGAGUUUCCUCCCACUCCCCCACAUUACCUUCCAGUGCUGAGUAAGUCAGUUAAUGUACUAUGGCACUGGGAAUAUGUGGUCUCAUGGUUUUAAGUAUAUUUCCAUAGUCCAGUGCAAUUACUGUGAUUAUGUUGGAAGAAUUGGAGGGGGGACGAUGCUUUAUGGAAUUGUUUGUAAGUAUUUUGUUUAUAUGCACUUUUUAACAAAUAAAAGAAAUAGCAGAAAUGUG